CUGCAGGAGUUUACGCAGUCCUGUUUAGGUCACGACGCCAAACUCCGACCCACGGCUCACGACCUUCUGUUCCACCGAGUCCUGUUUGAGGUCCACUCCCUGAAGCUGCUGGCCGCCCACUGCCUCAUCAACAACCAGUACUUGCUUCCAGAGAACUGUGUGGAGGAGAAAACCAAGUCCUUCGACCCCAGUGCCAUCAUGGCAGAGAUCAGACACGACGACAGACAAGGAGUUCAGCUCAAAUAUUCCCACGUUUCUCCUUUGGAACUGGACAAAUUUCUGGAGGACGUUAAGAAUGGAAUUUACCCGCUUAUGAACUUUGCUUCAUCCCGGCCUCAUCCUGUCCCUCGAGCUCUGUCCUUGUCCCAGGAGCAGGUGGAGACGGUGAAGACGCCGACUCCAGAGCCCCAGGAAACAGAAACUAGAAAGGUCAGUCGCUCGGAGUUAGUCUGC